AUGACUCUAUACGAAGGCGAAUCGGGUUCUUACUUCCUUAAAUCUAAAUCACCAAUAGUCCAUCCCGUCCCCUUCCACCGCCCCGGAUCCCUGGAAGCUCCCAUGGAACAGUUGCAGAGCGUCCGUCCGCUCAGAGCAAUCAACUACUUUGGAGACUGCAGCAACUUAUAUGGACACUGUAUGGUCGUCUACCAAGUGUCUUGA